AUUUUAGCGCGAGAUUGUCCAAGAGACUUAGGUGCCUAGGAGGACUGUACGUCGCAUUUUUAAGCAAGAACACAGUCGUAGAGAGCGUAAAAAGAAGCACUCAAAACUUUAUUUAAUGUCUAUAAGAACGAUAUGCUAAUGCAUUCGCACUAUUUCAAAAGAUUAGUCUUCUCGCAAGAUGAACUUUUCGAGCCUCAAAACCCUACUACGGCUCGCUCCCUCUAUUCGAACUAUACGCCGAGAACUAGCCCGCGCAAGCUACCGUCGCUGCAUUGCAUGCCCUCGACCCUAUAUAUUAAGAGUACAAGCUAAGAAGAGGUUGCGCUUUGCGCGGGAUUAUAGGUGGUGGGACUAUGCAGUUCAUAGGGAUGAUGGCAGGCAAGGAGGGGACUGGAGGAAGGUUGUCUAGUCUGAUGAGGCAAUAUUCGAGACUAGCAAGAAUAGUAGGAUUUGGGUGACUAGGAGGGUAGAUGAGAGGAGGUGCCUUGACUGCAUCUAGUUAGUUUAUAGGUUAGGAAGGAUUAUGGUCAUGAUUUGGGAGGCAUUAGGCUA